AUCACUUUAUUCUGCUCCAACAGUUUGAACUCUUUAGUUCUUGGUGUUUUUCUCGCUGUGAGCACAACCACGUUACUCGGGCCGGAUGUUUUAAUUUGAAAGUCAGCCGGUCUGUUCGGAGGAGGAGUUUGAGGGGAGCUAAGGAGGUCCGAGGAGGUCCGGGGGGUCUUCAGACUGUGAGGAUUUGCAGCAUGUUUCAGCUUCAGCUCGCGCUGCUGCUCGGUCUGCAGGUGUUUACCUGUGCUCAGGAGGGUGGGGCCGCGGACGACAUCAGCCAACCCGAGCUCAGUGAUGUGUGCACUGAAGGCAGCUGUUACCCAGCAACAGGAGACCUUCUGAUUGGCCGAGCCCAUCAGUUGUCAUCCACCUCCACCUGUGGAAUGAACCGACCCGAACCAUUCUGUAUCGUCAGCCACCUGCAGGAGGAGAAGAAGUGCUUUGUGUGCGACUCGUCAGAGCCCUACAACGAGCUGGCCAAUCGCACCGACAGCCAUCGCAUCGAGAACGUCGUCACUACGUUUGCCCCGAACAGACUGAAGACCUGGUGGCAGACUGAGAAUGGUGUGGAGAACGUCACCAUCCAGCUCAACCUCGAGGCUGAGUUUCACUUCACGCAUCUCAUCAUGACCUUCAAGACCUUUCGACCUGCUGCCAUGGUGAUUGAGCGGUCAGCUGACUUCGGGAAGACGUGGCAGGUUUACCGUUACUUUGCUUACGACUGCGAGUCGUCCUUCCCGUCCGUUUACCGGGGUCCAAUGAGAAAGGUUGACGAUGUCAUCUGUGACUCGCGUUACUCUGACAUUGAGCCAUCCACUGAAGGAGAGGUGAUUUUCAGAGUUUUGGAUCCAGCAUUCAGGAUCGAUGACCCCUACAGUCCCCGAAUCCAGAACAUGCUGAAAAUCACCAACUUGAGGGUGAAGUUCACCAAACUGCACACGCUUGGAGACAACCUUCUGGACUCUCGUAUGGAGAUCAAAGAGAAGUACUACUACGCCAUCUAUGACAUGGUGGUCCGAGGAAACUGCUUCUGCUACGGACAUGCCUCUGAGUGCGCCCCCGUCGAGGGAGCUGGGCAGAUAACAGAGGGCAUGGUUCAUGGUCACUGCUUAUGUAACCACAACACUAAAGGUCUGAACUGUGAACAGUGCCAGGACUUCUACCACGACCUCCCCUGGAGACCCGCAGAGGGACGCAACACCAACGCCUGCAAGAAGUGUAACUGUAACCAGCACUCGGACUCGUGUCACUUUGACGGGGCAGUCUUUGCGGCUUCGGGAAACGUGAGCGGAGGAGUUUGUGACAACUGUGAGCACAACACAGCUGGAAACAACUGUGAGCAGUGCAAACCGUUUUACUACCAGCAUCCAGAGAGUGACAUCAGAGACGCCAACAUCUGCCAGCGUGAGUUCAUGGCCACUUUGACUCUAACAAACCGGUGGAGGGCCAACAGAUCACUGCCUGCAGCUCCACCAAUUAUUCUAAGGGUGUUUUUUUAGUGUCAGAGUUUGUAAACCGUCGUUAUUUUACUGGUGCCAGGCUAAAAGUUAAAAGCAUCUACCCAAAACUUCCAUCGAUGUUGUUUUUUAUGGCUCUUUUGAUCAUCUUCUUUGUUCUUUGAGGACUUUUUGUCCUCAAUGUUUGCUUUCACAUCAACAAAGAAUUGUUGGCUGUGUUCUGAGGAAGCUCACGUUUCAUGAUGACACAGGCAGACGCGGAUAGGAGGUUGUUUUGUCAACAGGAAGUAGAUUAAAGGCUGGAUCUCAGACUAAACAUGGAGGUAGGUUUUUGAUGUGACACAUGAAGGUUUGUGGUUUCCCUCAGGCUCAGACCUGCCCUCCUCACAGAGGAUCAAGUCAACUUAGCUCGCACAUCCCUCUCUGAGGGCUGAAUAAUCAGCACCUUCUGUUAUUACUGCCACUGCAUUUCUUUAAUUAAAGUAGCAAAGGAUUGUGGGUGAUGUGACUUUAACGUUGUAGAGAGGCGGAGUUAAAAUGUGCUCCAGAGAUCAAAGAUGGAGGCGGGAGUUUAAUUUCCAGGACAAAAACGAUUCUUCUUUUGGGUCAAAGUCAGAAACGUUCACGGUUUUG